AAAGAGGUCCUUUUGUAUGGUCAUGAUAUCAUUUUUCGUGAACUACUUAACCCACGGCCCGAAGUAACCGGUAAGAUGAUUCUGGAAGUUUGCCGACUACUGGAAAUAUCGCCACUAGAAAUUGACAAUCAGUUGGAGUAUAUAAAGCUGAUCCUGGGACAGGGAUUUAGGGAAACCGUGGAUGUUCGUUCCGUUGAUGAUAUAGGCAAUACGGCGUUGCAUUACGCUCUCGAGAGAAAUUGGUACGAAGCUGCAACUCUACUUCUCAAGGAAGGCAGUUACCUUGGUCAGGUGAACAUAUUCAACAACGUCGUUAUCGCGGAUAUUCCAGAUUUCAUAUUGUCCAGCUAUUUUAAUGACUGCAUUCAAUUAAAGAAAGAAUGGACGGACGAGUGUACGAUCGAAUUCGACUAUCGUUGCUUGUUGCCGCACGAAAAUUUCACUGAACAGCAAGAAAUUUCGCGAGCGAUUUGUGAAAUGGAAGUAAUUUUGUAUAUCGCCAAUAACGACACUCUCAAACAUUUGUUGAGACAUCCGUUAAUCUCGUCUUUUCUCUGCAUUAAAUGGCAUAACGUUGGUUAUUCCAUGGAUUGGUCCACUUUGAAAAUGGAUCCUAACAUAGUCAAACAUGCUAAGCAGGUUGUCUACGAUAAGAAUGAACUGUCGCGAAUAAUGAUAUAA